AGGGCAGUGAGUGUCUUGGUCAUCGCUUGCCCGUGCUCCUUCGGACUUGCGACGCCAACCGCGGUGAUGGUUGCCACUGGCCUUGCUGCCAAGCACGGGUGUUUGGUAAAGGACUCGGUCGUUUGGGAGAAAGUGGCCGCCUUGAAGUGCUGCGUGCUGGACAAGACCGGCACCAUCACCAAAGGUCAACCCGAGGCCCGUGAAGGGAGGUCGUGGAAGUCUUGCUGCUGCCAGGCCUCCAAGCCGUCUCCCUCGAGGGCGUGACGCCCUCGCGCUCGUCUUCCGCGCGGCUGGGGCGCUUUUCGGAGACCGGGGAGGUGCUUGUGCUUGCGAGCGACAUGUUCGAAAUUGAGUCGUGCUUCUUGAGUAGUGCUGUUGUGCGCCGUUGAGUCGAUCAGUGAGCAUCCACUGGCCAAGGCUCUUCAGCACUGGGGCCAAAGCGUGUUUAAGGAUGCCAAGCAGCUGAAACCGCCAGAAGCCUUUGAGCAUCAGCCUGGACAAGGCGUUCGUUGCUUGAUCCCUGGCCUGGGGCAUGUGACUGCGGGACGGCCACCACUUGACUCGCCCCCCUGGGUGGAGCGGCAGCAGGCCCAAGGCUGCGUUGUGGUGGCCUUGUCGCUGGCCGAUCAGCUAUUGGCGCUCUUGGCGUUGAAGGAUGAGCUGCAGGAGGGUGCCGCUGAAGCGGUCCGAGGCCUUCAGUGCCGGGGCUUUGACUUGUGGCUUUGCACGGGUGACGCCCAGACCACAGCCAACACAGUCGCCAGAAGCGUUGGUAUCAACCACGUGCGAGCAUCAUGUAUGCCGGAGCAGAAAGUUGCACUGGUCCAGGACCGAUCCACGGCAGGUGCUCAUGGUAGGCGAUGGCCUAAAUGAUGCUGCUGCACUGGCAAGCGCCUUUGUAGGCGUGGCCAUUGGCACCGGCACGGAAGUGACCAUGGAGUCAGCGCAAGUGAUCCUCCUGGGAUCCAGGACGGCUCUCGGAGUUGGUUUUUUUCCUGGACCUCGCCAAGUCCACAAUGCGCACGAUUUAUCGCAACUUUGCAUGGGCGUUGGGCUUCAAUCUCAUAGGUCUACCCCUGGCGGCCGGUUUGGGCGCGCCCUGGGGGAUUUGGCUCCCACCGAGCUUCUGCGGGAUGGCCAUGGCCUCCUCGUCGGUCUUGGUGGUCUCAUCGUCUUUGAUGCUUGGCCUGUGCCAUAGAUCAGCAAGGUAGGUAAUUAGUUACAAUGCCAGCUGGCUUCGAGCAUUUUUCCC